CUACUAGCAAGCCCGUGAUGUAUUCCUGAAACGAAAAUGACGUCUACACUUGCGACAGACUGCACUGGGGGUCAAAACAGCUGAUAUGACGUCAUGGUUUCCGCUUACGCACGAGCGCUGUGCAUGAAGCACUGGCUGAUUUAAUUUGAGGUAGCAACCAGGAUGGAGAAUUCCAAUUCACUACUUUAAAUGCCUGCCCUGCCCUUAAACCGAUCAUCUUGAGCUGACCAGGCUCCCAUUGGAGCGGAUUUGAGAGGGCAGGCAAGUCAUGUGGGGAUCAGAAUGCGAAAUUUACCAUAAUCCUCCAGAGGAAAAAGGGGGGGAGAGAGAGUAAAUUCUAGUUACCUCUACAGAACAUAGACUGCAGAAGUAGACAGAAGAGCUUUGGUGCGCGAGUUAUACAAGAAGUUCUACGCAGUCAUAGAACUCUAAACACUCUUCUAAGUUUUGAAUUAUGGCCCAGGCCAAAAGCGAUAUGAGUAUCAACAUGGAGUUUUCUAAUGGAGCUGUCAUCCACAGUCCUGUAGGGUUGUGCAUGGAGAUGGAAGAUCGGAGGACUGGAGAGGAAGAGGAGGAGGAAGAUGAGGUUGAACUAGCCGAAGAGGUAGAUGAGGAUAUCAACAUUGGAGAUGAUGAUGAUGAUGAUGGCGGAGAAAGCAACACAAUGCCCUCAACAGAUGUGAUCAUUCAUAAAACAGAUGAAGAGGAUAUUAUGGAAGAUGUAGAGGACCAAGUUGGCCAAGAGACAGUGGUUCUCCAAAAUGAGUUAAAUGCUGGAGAGACAGAGGAAGAAGAAAUGGACAUAACCAACAAACUAACAACGCCUGAGCUACAGGCAACAGUUGAACUGCCAACGACAACGCAAACACAAGUUCCAGAACUUCGAAACGAAGCUGGAGGAACAUUGAAAGAGCUGGACAAGGAUCGAGCAGAUCACAAGUUGGAAACACUGUAUGAAGACGAAAAGGAAAGCGAUGAACCACAAAUGCAAACCUUGAGCGAAAGGCAGACGGAGACACAGGAACAUCAGGAGCUGCUCCUGUCUGAGGUAAGAGAGUUUACCUGUAGCCUCCUUGAGAAAAUAAAAAACAAGCCCAGAGAGGAUCAAAUUCAGCAAGUAAAGAGUGACAUACUUUUGCAAGAGGUGGAAAGUUUGGAUGAUGAUGGUGUAAAAAACAGUGUAGAUGAAGAGCCAUGGACGGUUUCUACCAGUGAAGGAGAAUCUAUAGAAGACUUUCAGAGUCUUGGGGAAGAGGAAGAAACAGCAACACUUGAUCAUGUUGGUGAAGAACAGUCUACAACCGAGGUGCCUUUAUUGGAGGACUGUAUAGCAGUUGGAGAGCCAAUGCACAAUGAUGCCUUCGAGACAAACGGUGAUGAAAAGACCACUUACAAUGCACCAGAAGAAAAGUCGAUUGACUGGAUUGCAACAGAGCAACCAUCAACUGAUAUGAUUGGUGGAAACAUAGAGGAGAUGGUCCAGAAUUCAGAUCAGUUGGUGGAAAGCAUCGUGCAAGAACAUGAAAGACUAGAGAGUAUUGAACAGGUGGUGAGUGACACCAAUCUGGAGAAUUGUGAAAGAAUAGUAGCAGAUACCGAAUCAGUUAUUGUCACUGGACCUGAGGAGACAAGAGAAGCUGAUAAAGAGGUAGAAGGCAUCGAAAGGAUUCAAGAUGAGCCUCAAAGAGUUGUAGAGAUUACAGAAGAGCCGGUCAAGAAGGAGGAGCUUCCUAUAGAGGAGGGAAGCUGUACAAAUGCGGAACAGCCACUCGAUGACCCUGAAAUUGUAGAAGAGGGGGAGUGCAAGAAGCGGGAACAGCUGGGCAAUAACAAACGGGAGGUCGCAGAGGGAGGUGAUGCUGCAAAGGAACAGCCAAAACAAGAAGUACCAGCACCUAUAGAGAAGGGAGUGGGGAACUGGCUUGAAGAGCUCAAGGCCGUCAUUGAAGAUGAGCCCAGGAGGAAAGUCCAGGGGGGGCGUAAAGUCACCAUACCUGCCUGGUUGAAGGCCAGCGAGAGCUCGGAUGCCCAUUUCCAAGAGCCGCCGAAGCCCCUCGGCAGUCGGGUCAGCAGCGUGAGCGGUGCCAGUGAAGGGGAGGUGAAUAUCAAGGCCAAAGUUCAAGAGGUCAUCAUGGCGAAUGGAUGCCCUGGGAUACCAGCUGCUGUAGUUCAACAGGAAGAGGAAAAACCCCCGGAAAAUAUGACAAAGAUGGAGACUCCAGCUCAACAGGAGGGCAAUCCACAGGAGAUGCAGAUCUCCCUCUAUGUGAAGGCCGGCAGUGAUGGAGAGAGUAUCGGGAACUGUCCGUUCUCUCAGAGACUCUUCAUGAUCCUCUGGCUGAAAGGAGUCAUCUUCAACGUCACCACUGUGGACCUCAAGAGAAAGCCGGCGGAUCUGCAGGAUCUCGCUCCAGGAACCAACCCUCCAUUCAUGACCUUCAACGGAGAAGUGCUGGUGGACGUCAACAAGAUCGAGGAGUUUCUCGAGGAACGACUGGUCCCACCACGAUACCCAAAGUUGGCAGCAAAGCAUCCAGAAUCCAACACAGCAGGAAUAGAUGUAUUUGCCAAGUUUUCUGCCUACAUCAAGAACCCUCGUAAAGAAGCUAACGAGGGUCUGGAGAAAGCUCUUCUGAAGUCUCUGAAGAGGUUGGAUGAGUAUUUGCAGAUGCCGCUGGCCGAGGAAAUAGAUGCCAACAGCGUGGAUGAUCCCGGUGUGUCCACACGCAGUUAUCUGGAUGGACCGGACCUCACGCUGGCCGACUGCAACCUGCUGCCCAAACUACACAUCAUUAAGAUUGUUGCCAGGAAGUACAGGGGUUUUGAGAUUCCUGCUGAGAUGACCGGGGUUUGGCGAUAUUUGAAUAAUGCCUACAAGAAAGAGGAGUUCAUGAACACCUGCCCUGCUGAGCGCGAGAUCGAGUUCGCUUACCUGGACGUCGCCAAGAAGAUCAAAUAGUUCAGGAUGACCAGACAAGCAGUGCUACGUGUGUGUGUGUGUGUGUGUGUGUGUGUGUGUGUGUGUGUGUGCGCUCACUGGUGGAGCUGCACUAAUACUAUGGUACAUUGAUCUAAAUCAGUAGACUGGCAUUCGUUUU